UGCAGUAUAUCCGAACUACUUCAACAAGGAACAUUACAAGUUGAACUCUCAAUGGCCGCUUCUCUCGUGCAUGACCGUCCUCCAGGUGGUUUCAGCUUUGAAAAUUCGUUUAGAAAUAAGAGACUAGCGAAUUCUGGUCUAUCCCUACCAACGCCAAUUAAAACCGGUACAACUAUUGUCGGUGUAGUCUUCAAAGAUGGUGUUGUUCUUGGUGCCGAUACCAGGGCCACUGGUGAUAACAUCAUCGCUGAGAAAAACUGCGAAAAAAUUCAUCAUAUCUCAGAAAAAAUUUAUUGUUGCGGUGCUGGUACUGCUGCUGACACUGCAGCAACUACGAAAUUAAUUUCUUCUAAAGUGGAGCUUCAUCGACUAAAUACCGGACGUGAGCCACGAGUGAUCCUCCCCUUGCGCCUGUUGAAGGAUUACCUUUACGGAUAUAGAGGUUAUGUGGGCGCUGCUCUCAUUCUUGGUGGAGUUGACUACAGUGGUCCCCAUUUGUACAGUGUUGCACCACAUGGUUCAAGUGAUAAGCUUCCUUACGUAACGAUGGGUAGCGGAAGCCUCGCAGCAAUGUCCGUUUUGGAGUCACGCUUCAAUUUUGAUAUGGACCAAACCGACGCCAUGCAGUUAGUACGCGACGCCAUUGUUGCGGGGAUAUUCAAUGAUCUCGGUUCUGGAAGCAACGUGGACCUGUGUGUUAUCACGAAGACGGAUGUCAAAUAUCUUAGAUCAUACGAAGUAGCAAACGUAAAGGGUAAAAGGUCCGCGAAGUACGUUCCGCAGCCGGGUGAGACUUCUGUCCUCUCUCAAACCUCCCAUAAGGUGGAGUUCGAUGUCGUUACUACCCGGGUAAUUCGGGAUUUGCCUGAUCCGAAAGAAGAGGGAAUGGAUACCUCAUGAUAUUGAGUGUACUUUUUGAUGACAUCUGCUGUUUUUCACUUUUACGACACUGAUGUAUCCCGGGUUCUUCAACUCGCAAGGAAUAAAACUGAUUCCCCCACUUUGUUUUUAUCACACUGAGCCACUGUCCUCCAGUCAUACUUAUUGAAACAUGUGUACUCAGCUCAUUGGAUAUUCAAUAAAUAAUUCUCAGAAA